CCAUCUCCACUAGAAAUUUUGUGAAAAUAAUUAAAAAAAUCUUUCCAUAGUUUUUAGCGUUCAGUUUAUUGCUACCAUUCGGUGCAUUCUAAUAUUCUGCCGCCAACGGAUUAACAUCUUCAUAGUGGACGAUUAAAAUUUAAUUAAAGAAAAUUAUGUUCGCGAAAGACUGUUUUCUGCUUGCCUUAGUUCUCUGUUUUGCUUGCUGUACUUGUGAAUUUGCUAAAAAAGAAACGAAAAAUGAAAUAUUGCAAAGGCAUAAAAGAGUGAUACCAUGGUUACAAACUGCAGGUUGUGGUUUCAUUGCAGCCAUGGCAAUUCCAUUACAAAAUAUUGGCAGACACGUUUUCAUGGCGUUCAACUUUGAGGCGCAUUAUGGUCUAGCUGACAACAAUACCUUUUCACCGUCUGGCGUCAACAGUUGGUUCAAAGGAAAAAGAUCUGUUGACAACAUGCCGUUGUCGAUACCUUCGAAUGAAAUUCAACCGACACCGCUAAGAAGCAACAGUAAAACCACUAAACUGUUCACAAGAACCCGUGCGUAUGGUGCAAUAAAAAGGAAUUUGUCUAAAUUGGGAUAUAACGGAACGUCGUGCUUACUGAAAAUUAUAUGUGAAACAGCCGAAGUACCUGUGAAUCCUAAUAAUGGCAUACUGGGCAGUAUAUUCCACGUCGUUUUUACACCAUCGUCAUCUGAAGACGAAGGACUUCCAAAUGAUUUUUACGAGGCCGAGAAUAACGGUGCGAUGGGAGACUGUUCAGCCUACAAUGGUCACUGUCCGAAUAAUAUGUUAGACACUGUAUCCAAAACGAUGUUUUUAAAAUAAAAAUUUCACAAAUUUCC